AUGACAACAACUCGUAUGAGACCUGAACAUGGAUCAAGAUUUCAUGAACCAAAUACAUUAUUAUAUAAUACAUCAGCACGUUUAUCAUAUCAUGAUGCUGAACGUGAUGAUGAUCGCAUAUAUUGUGGUAUUCGUGAUGUACUUAGUGGGCAUGAUGGAAACGAAGAUAAACUAAAUUUUUUUGUACCAUCCGCUGCUGGACAAGGACGUUUAUUAGAAAAUAUUUAUUCAAGAAAUAAUUCUGAUACUCAGAAACUCUUAUUUGUUGAAGUACAUGAUACAGGUACACCAGUUGGUGAUCCAAUUGAAGCUAAUUGUUUAGGCCGAUUUGUUAAUCGAUCAACUCUUAAUUCACCAUUAUUAUUAGGUUCAAUUAAAAGUAAUUUAGGACAUAGCGAAGGUGCAAAUGGUGUUGCAUCACUUAUAAAAGCUGCCAUGUGUAUAUAUCAUCGUGGUAUUACAGCAAAUAUGCAAUUUACUUCACUUAAUCCAAAAAUAGAAGCACAAAAUAUAAUCUACAUAUUCUUCAAAAUUUUAUACCAUUUCCAACUCUUCCAAAUAAUGAAAAAAUAG